AUGGCUGAGGGUGCCAUCCACGAGUGGAUACAGGAGUGGCAGAGCAUCAAGCCAGUGGACAUCAAAUCAAGCGCGGCCACCCUGAUGGCGGACCAGGACACCACGGCGGCGCUGCUCCGGGUGUUCGAGGACCCCAGCCUGCAGCACCUGCUGGACAGCGUGUGCGGCCAGCUGCUGACGUUCUACCGCUCCCGGGAGCCGAACCUGCUGCACUUCAGCCUGCAGUGCCUUCCGCCGCUGAUGCACGCCUACCUGAACGCCGUCGCCACGCGGGACCGACAGACCUGCCAGGCGACCGAGGCGCUCCUGCUGGGCAUGUACAACCUGGAGGUGGUGGACGAGCGCGGCCAGCCGAGAGUCGUCUCCUUCCGCAUGCCGACUCUCAUCAAGCAGUCCGUCUACCACGAGCCGCUGCACAUGGCGCCGUCCAGCCUGACCGAACACUCGCUGUCGCGGCUGGAGCUGGGCGACGCCUUCUCGGUCAAGUGGGGCCCGCUGCCACAGGCGAAGACGGUGCGCGCCGCCAACCGCCAGCGCAUCCUGACUGCGCUGAUGACCGUCUACAAUCGGUACCUGAGUCAGCUGUCGGCACCGGCGCUGCAGCUGGAGUUCCUGCACGCUGUCUACUUCAUCAUAACGCCGUCCCUGCACCUGGACCCCAGCGACCCCGCCUAUACCUACUGCAGGUACGAGCAGGUGACGCCGGCCGCCACGCAGGCGCUGGAGGCGGUCGCCUUCCGCGGCCAGUACGAGGUCAGCGCGCGCGUCAUCGUCGCCGCCAACGCCAUGCGGAAUUCGCUCAACAUCUCGCCCGCCGGUGAGGAGGGCCAGUGGGGGCACGUGCGCCCUCUGAAGCUGCACGCCGCCAUCCGCAAGAUCCGGCGCCGGAUGCGCUUCCGCCGCAUGCGCUCCGACCGCGAGCUGGAGCCGGCGUGGGAGUCGCCGGAGAGCAGCAGCGGCGGCGACGAUCACGCGCACGGCGUCGUGUCGGCCGACAGCUUCCAGUGGAUCCUGACGCCCGAGGAGCACCACCAACUGCAGCAGUGGCGCGUCGGCCGCUGGAAGUGCCUGUCCAACGACUUUUCGCUGCGGAGGAGCCGCUCGCAGCGACGCGACACCGAGGAGGAGGCGGCGGGGCACGACAUUCCGAUCCAGCCGGGCGUCGACCGAGAUGGCGAGGCGCUGACGGCCAUCUCCGAGCAGAACGAGGAGGAGCCGUGCGACGCGCCGGCCGGCAAGCUCAAGCUCAAGGAUCGCAAGCACCGGCCAGCCGAGCGCGAGCGCAGCGGGCCCGACAACGCGCGCAACUCGCUGUCGCUGAACGGCGAGGAGGCGGCCGACUGGGCGGCGCCGCCGCUGGCGCGCAUCGACGCCAUCGAGCUGCGCGUGGUGAGCUCGGGCUCGGAGAGCGCCACGCCGCGCCGCGAGCGCCGCGAGACGGACAGCUCUUCCGUCACCAGCACGGCUUCGGGCACGUAUGGGGACGAGACCAGGCUGCUGGCAUAA